GUCGGAAGCAACACAAUCCCCAAGUUUGCCAUCAAAAACAUGAAGAAGGAGGCCUGAAGCCGUAUCUGCCAUUACUUUGUUAUGAUGCAGCCACUGUGGUCAAGUGCCAAUGCAGAGUUCAUCGAGCAGCUAGCUGUGGAGCUCGCAGGAAGGUUUCUCAACAACUCAAGUUGUAUCUGGCUCGAGAACAAACACAACAAAGAUAAAUUUCAUGCUGCUGCUAAACACACUCUGAACAAAGUUAUGACAACAUUCAAGACUGUUGCCCGGAUCAUGAUCAAGGACGCUUACAGCCUGAGGAUUCCAAUCAACAUGCAGCGUCCAAUCGGCACAGUCUGGUGCCCAGCAAUUGACCAGCUCCUUGACAAGUGGACUUUCACAGAUGCCACGAUCACGCUUCCAACAGGGCAAACAUUGUGUGCCACUUUCCACCACCCUGCUGUGAGUACAAUAAUCCACGAGACAAUCCACUCUCCCCAAGGGAAGCUAUCAAAUGCUAUCCCACCCGAUACAAGAAAUAUCGAUUGUCUUAUUGCAUUCACCAUCACCAUCAUCUGAUGGGCUCUUGUUGCUCUCAAAAGGGGUCGAGAACCGGAGUUUGAGGUGGACAUCUACAAACUGCACUACCUUGAUGCAUGGCGGCACAUUCAGACUCGUGGACAAGAACUACUCACACAUUAUGUUGACCCAGCCUCGUAGAAUACAAUUUCCUGAUUGAUGGUGUAUUUGAGUUGAUAAUCUCGACUACUAGUAAAGGCUGAUAAUCUCAGAUAAUUUCGUCGGAACCUUGAUAAGACG